GGUGUUUUGUACCAGCACAGACUGUGUUCAGCUGGACCCACAGGCCCUGCAGGACAGAGACUGGCAGCGCACCGUCAUCGCCAUGAAUGGGAUUGAAGUAAAGCUCUCGAUCAAGUUCAACAGCAGGGAGUUCAGCUUGAAGAGGAUGCCGUCCCGAAAACAGACAGGGGUCUUCGGAGUCAAGAUUGCUGUGGUCACCAAGAGAGAGAGGUCCAAGGUGCCCUACAUCGUACGCCAGUGCGUGGAGGAGAUCGAGCGCCGAGGCAUGGAGGAGGUGGGCAUCUACCGCGUGUCCGGAGUGGCCACGGACAUCCAGGCACUGAAGGCAGCCUUCGACGUCAAUAACAAGGACGUGUCGGUGAUGAUGAGCGAGAUGGAUGUGAACGCCAUCGCAGGCACGCUGAAGCUGUACUUCCGUGAGCUGCCCGAGCCCCUCUUCACCGACGAGUUCUACCCCAACUUCGCCGAAGGCAUCGCUCUUUCAGACCCGGUUGCAAAGGAGAGCUGCAUGCUCAACCUGCUGCUGUCCCUGCCGGAGGCCAACCUGCUCACCUUCCUUUUCCUUCUGGACCACCUGAAAAGGGUGGCAGAGAAGGAGGCAGUCAAUAAGAUGUCCCUGCACAACCUCGCCACGGUCUUUGGCCCCACAUUGCUCCGGCCCUCCGAGAAGGAGAGCAAGCUCCCUACCAACCCCAGCCAGCCCAUCACCAUGACCGACAGCUGGUCCUUGGAGGUCAUGUCCCAGGUCCAGGUGCUGCUGUACUUCCUGCAGCUGGAGGCCAUCCCUGCCCCGGACAGCAAGAGACAGAGCAUCCUGUUCUCCACCGAAGUCUAAGAGCCCCAGUCCAUCUCCAGGAGGCGAACAGACGGCCUGGAAACCUCUGGCUAAUCAGGCCAUCCGUAGAGUGGGAACCUUCCUGAGGUGUCCUUGGGCCACCAAGUGUCGGGCCAUCUGCCAAGAGACAGCGACCCAAAGGCAAAGGACAGGUGGACUGGGCAAAUCCCGCCUAGGUCUGGAAGCCCCAGACUGGCCUCAGACUGUGGUUUUUUUCCCUGUGGCCACCCGAGGGCGCCCCAAGCCAGUGCAUCUGAGAGUCCAGGCCUGGCCCUGGGAGACAGGGUGAAGACAGUGGUUUUUAUGAACUUAACUUACAGAGUUUAAAAGGUUUCUACUGGAUCACUUGUCAAGAUGCGCUCUCUGCGGGGAGAAGGGAAUGUGACCAGAUUCCCUCACUGUUGUAUCUUGAAUAAAUGCUGCUGCUUCAUCCUGUG